AUGUAAGAGGAAGAAAUGCGCCAGUAUUAUGACUCGGUGGGAAGAAGGGGGGGAUGCAUGAAGAAGCCCUAAUCCUUUGACGUUGGAGCGGUCGAAUCUCUGUUAGAUUUCACCUAUAAAUUCUUCCAUGGAUGUUCUCUCGCUUGCAGUCGGAACUAACUGAGAGCUUGUUCAAUUUUCAAAUCUCGAUUCUCAUGUUUCUAUGCAUGUAUGCUGCAGAUUGAUAUAUAGAGAGAGAGCCCUAAGUUUUUUUGCAGGACUUGCCAAAUUCCUGCAAGAUUUGAGCUGAAAAAGGUCCAAUUUGAUGCUUUCCUUCUCCAAUUCCACUCGUCAGUCGACUGUCGCGGCGGAAAGGAUGGAUCUUCUUGACCAAAGCUCUAACAUAACUUCUCAAGCAAUUACUACGAGAAAGAGGAAAACCCGAAGUAGAUCCGACGGUUCGAAGACUGUAGCAGAUAUCCUAGCAAAAUGGAGAACACAUAACGCUGAAAAUAUUUCUUUGGGAAUUGGUAUUACAUCCCCACAUGGUAAGAUUCCAGCCAAGGGGUCUAAGAAAGGAUGUAUGAAAGGUAAAGGUGGACCGGAAAAUUCAAUUUGUAAUUAUAGAGGUGUUAGGCAAAGAACAUGGGGUAAAUGGGUUGCUGAAAUUAGGGAGCCAAAUAAAGGAAGCAGGCUUUGGUUAGGUACUUUCGCUACAGCUCAAGAAGCUGCACUUGCUUAUGAUACAGCUGCUAAGGCAAUGUAUGGUCCUCAUGCCCGUCUCAACUUCAUGCAUGAAUCUCCUCCCACAACUUCAGCUUCUGAUUCCAAUAAACCAACUGCUGAAAACCCAAUACCCCUGCCUUUUGAUGGGUUCAUUGUCCCUCGCGAGAAUGAGAUGGAACACGAGGAAAUGCUAGACAAGGAAAGGAAGACAUCUAUAAAAUUGCUUCAUAUUGAGAUAGGUUCUUCCCAAAAUUCUCGACUUCAGAACGAAAAUCAGUUGUUGAUAACUCCGGAAUCUUCUGCUGCGAGAGCUUUCAAUCUGGACUUAAACCCCGAGGAUGUGGCAUCCCAAGUUGAAUUCAUGGACGAUGCAUCAAAAGUCAACUUAGACUUGAUGAAAGAAACAUCCAAAGUUGAUCUAAACUUGAUGGAUGAAGAAACCGUAUCGCCAUUUCCUACUCCCUCCAGUUUUUCAGAUGAUGUUGAUAAUCCAGGCACUAAGUUAACUCUCGAGAUGUUUUCCUCAUCGUCUAUUGUUAAGCCCGACAUAUCAGCUCUCCUUGCCCGUGUUAGUGAAGUGCUUCAAAAUGAUUCAAACUCUCCCAGUCUUUCAUCAGUUAACAAAGAGUCAAUACUUGUUGAGAAGGCAGUUAUCAGAACCGAUUACGAAAUUCUCCUCAAACUGAGCUCUUUAAGUCACGAAACAAUUCUCGAGUACAACUACGAAAGUCUCCAGUCUUCCCUUUCCUCAGUACUAAAAGCCAACUAUAUUUCAGAAACAGUGAGGACUCAACUCACCAUCUUCAACAAAAAUCUCCCUUCCAUCUUCAAACGGUUCAAUAAAGCUACUCGAUUCAAGAAAGAUAUCGAGCAAAGAGACAUCGCGAUUAAGGACGUCACUUUGAAGCUAGCGCACGAUAAGGAGAAUCUCGAGAAUCUCAAAAUUGGUUUAGAUGAACUCCAUAGAAAAGAUUACGAGCUGAAUGAGAAGCUGAGGUGUCUGCAGGUGGAGAUCGAAGAGGUUAUGUUGAAGAAGGCGAUGGUUACGAGGAGUUCAAAUGAAUUGGCAUCUUCUUGUGAGGCGAAGCUGAAACUGCUCGAGAAUUUGAAGAAUGAUGGGCCAGUUAUUGAGCAGAAAUGGAGGAAGGCUGAGAAAGAACUUCAUGCUAUAGAGAUGGAGUUUGGAAGUUUUACUAAAAAUAUUGAACUUCUAUCGGGUGAGAUAAAAUAAGGGUAUUUUGGUAUUUUAACUUUCUUCGAGGGACGACUACAUGCUCCAUAAGUUAAUUAGAAAUAUAGGAGCUAAUAAUAGUUUGUUUGUUGUAAUUUUGAUUUUUCAGGUUAUUUUGAUUAGUUUCCUAAAACUUGACUGUGAAUGAUAUAAGUGGAGUUUGGAUUAGUUUAUGUGACAUGAUUAAAUGUUGUGUAAUUGUUUGACUGA